AUGAUGGUUUCUGUGAGCGUGAUAGGCUCAACGAGCAAUCCGAUUGUCACUCGAUUCUACGUUCUUCUUCGUGCAAUCGAAAAGUCGGUCUCGUACUCCCUGACGCAUUACGAAGAGAUGAAUUUUGAUGGUGCUUUUAGUCUAUGGAUUGUCAAAGGUUACCUUAAAUAUUUGUUAUCAAUUCAAGCAUUGUGGCACGAUAGUAACGGCACCCCACUACUCGUCCCAGUUAGAACUAAUCUAACACGGCUAUUUAUGUCGGUGGAGCAAGUUCUACCCCGUGUGAUCCAAUCUCUCAAACAGCGGGAUGCAAGCUAUUUUCACAAAAUGGGUUCAUUGUUUAUGUUACGUUGGUACCCUCAGUCACCAAACACCCUCUAUGAAAUGGGUUAUCCAUCAGCCGAUUCCGGUCGUGAUAUCACAUUUGACGAACAAUUGAGCGAUCGAUGUAUCAGUCAAUUGCUAUUGACCAAUCACUAG